AUUAAAGUUCACCAAAGAACCAAAACAAAUGUAGCUUAUGCAAACCACCAGCCAGAUUUCCAAAGCUCCUGCAUUUACACGCUUUCUCCUGUCACAGUCAUUGCCUGAUAGCUUAACUGUUCUAGGCUUUAGGUAUUUGUUUCCGGCUUCAACCAAACAGAUACACAAGCGAAACAGAGAGAGAAAGAGAGAGGUGAGGGGGAGGAGGCAAGGUAUUCGUUGGUAUGGUUUUAAGGUUGUCUGCACUGCCUGUGUGAUCGACUGUGUGUGGGAGAGAGAGAGAGUUGAAGGUUUUUAUAGAAGGGCUAGGUUUAUCUGCGAUGAGAAAGAUAAUAUGGAUUUUGCAGAGUCUUUUAGUGAUGGAAUGCUAUCUGGUUUGUUCUGGAGCAAGAAUCCAAGAGAAGGAAGAGGCUGUGAAUCCAAUCCCAACCUUGUCACCUCCAGAGGGAAACACAACAUUUCUUGGGGGCACAACAUGGUGUGUUGCUUUGCCUGGGGCCUCACAGAUUGAUGUUCAGAAUGCAUUAGAUUGGGCUUGUGGACUGGGGAUGGCUGACUGUGGCCCGAUACAAUCUGGUGGAGUAUGCUUUGAACCUGAUACUCUCCUGUCCCACGCCUCCUAUGCCUUCAACAGCUAUUACCAACAGAAUGGCAACUCUGAUAUCGCUUGCAACUUUGGAGGAACAGCUACUGUUGUCACAAGAAACCCAAGCUAUGGAAGCUGUCUCUAUUCUGCAUCAGGACCAGUAAACACGGCAUCACUGUUACUGUCCAAACCAAGCUUUAUUUGGUGGAAACUUUUUGGAACACUGCUCCUUUUGUACUUGAGAAGCUGACCAAAGCUGAGUCUGAGUGUGAGUAUGAUUCCUUUUGGUGCUGGAUGGGCGUACACUGUGCAUGCUGGGACUUGUUAAUUAAAAUACUGAGCAGGAGAAAGAUGUCUUGGAGUUGAGGUAUGGUUGGGAUAAGGCCUCGUAGAGACGCGGUUAGAGGUUGGUAGUCCCAAUUGUAAUUUGCUAGAGUAUUCCUUUCUUUAUUGUUGAGUCAAGUAUCUAUGCUGUUAAAUCCUUCUCUUUUUCCCUUUUCGGGGAAAUAAAAAUGUAUGGCUGCUUGUUCCCUUUUCUUUUCUGGUAUUAAUUAAUCCUUUUUUGCUUUGGAUAGCU